CUCAGGAAAAAAUAAAAAUUAUAUCUCAACAAUUAAAUGUCAAAAAAAAAAAAAAUCCCUGAGAUCGAUCGAUCAGUUUCCCAAAUUUGACUACCCUGUUGCAAAGAUAGAAUAAAACCUUGACGGCUAAGAAGAUGGCCUGAUGAAUCUGAAACUUUGGGGAUGUUUAUAAUUUCUCCUACAGAAGAAGCUAGGAAAGGAGGCAUGGGGCACGUAACAAAGGUAAGAGACAUCAUAGGCCUAAUCAAGGACAAGGCCUCCCAAAGCAAAGCGGCCCUGCUCUCCAAACCCAGCAAACUCUCUCUCCACCUAGCCCUCCUCCGCGCCACCACCCACGACUCCUUCAACCCUCCCGAUGUCAAACACAUCGCCACCAUCCUCUCCUUCGGCCACAGCUCACGCGCCACCGCCUCUGUCGCCAUCGAGGCCCUCAUGGACCGGCUCCAGAGCACCCGCGACUCCUCCGUCGCCCUCAAGUGCCUAAUCACCGUCCACCACGUCAUCAAGCACGGCAGCUUCAUCCUCCACGACCAGCUCUCCGUGUACCCCUCCAACGGCGGCAGAAACUACCUCAAGCUCUCAAACUUCCGUGACGGCUCAAGCCCCAUCACGUGGGAGCUCUCUUCAUGGGUCCGAUGGUACGCGCAAUACAUAGAGACCCUUUUGUGCACCUCUAGGAUUUUGGGUUUAUUUCUUGCCACCUCUUCAUCUUCAUCUACUACUCUAGAUAAAGAUAAGCAAGAAGAAACAAUCUCAGCGCUUAUGAAUCAGGAUUUGCUUAAACAAACUGUUUCGUUGGUGGGUUUGAUGGAAGAGAUUUGUAAAAGACCGGAUUCUUUGCACGUGACAGGUAACAAGUUAGUGGGCGAGAUUAUGCGUUUUGUUGGCGAGGACUGUUUGUCGGCCACAAACGAGGUUUCGAUCCGAAUCACCGAUUUUAGGGAGAGGCUGAAUGGUAUGAGUUUUGGUGAAUCGGUCGAGUUGGUUUGCGCUUUGAAAAGGCUAGAGAAUUGCAAGGAGCGGCUUUUCGAGUUGUCCACCGGAAAAAAGAGCUUCAUCGAGAGCUUCUGGAGUUUGGUAAGCGAGAUUAAGGAUAGGGUUGGGAGGCAGAAGGUGUACGAAGAUGACGGUAAAUUGUUGCUCAAGGCGAGGAGCGAGAAGGUGAGCGAGUCAGCUCGGUUUUCCGAGCGAGUUCUGAGGAGGUCAGACGACUCGGUCCAGUUCUCUUCCGGAAGGUUGGGCCUGGACGGGUUUCCUUUUCAGAUUUUAGAGUCAGUGGAACCGUAUGCAUGAGUGAAUGUUCCUUAAUUUUUUGCGCUAUAUAUGCUUUCGAGCUUAUUAAUUUGUA